UCAGCUGUCUCCCACAAUCCUCGCUGCCACGUCUGUUUGGGCCGAGGUCGGGGUCGCUCCUACAGGAAAUUCGUGGCUCGGGUGACGUUUCGGUCUCUCAGGGGAAAAAUAUCUUCACCAUGGGAGGAUCACACAGCGUGGAGAUCCCUGGCGGUGGCAUGGAAGGAUACCACGUGCUGAGGGUACAAGAGAAUUCCCCUGGCCAACUAGCAGGAUUAGAAGCAUUCUUUGAUUUCAUUGUUGCUAUUGGAAACACAAGAUUGGAUCAAGACAAUGAUACUCUGAAAGAACUCUUAAAAAGUUCAAUUGAGAAAGAGCUAAAGAUGACUGUCUAUAGCAGCAAGACCCAGACUCUACGAACAGUGUCUAUUACCCCUUCCAACCUCUGGGGUGGACAGGGGCUGCUUGGCGUAUCCAUCCGAUUUUGUUCCUUUGAGGGAGCAAAUGAGAAUGUUUGGCAUAUACUUGAAGUUGAACCAGACUCUCCAGCAGACAUUGCUGGCCUCCAGGCCUACACAGAUUAUAUCAUUGGUGCUGACUCGGUCCUGCACGAGAGUGAGGACCUCUUCUCACUCAUUGAAGCCCAUGAAGGUCGACCACUCAAGCUCUAUGUGUACAAUGUUGACACAGACGCUUGUAGGGAAGUGACUGUUACGCCCGAUACUCAGUGGGGAGGAUCAGGAAGCUUGGGAUGUGGGAUUGGCUAUGGAUAUCUUCAUCGUAUUCCUACCCAGCGUAAUGUAUCCCAAACACAACCCGCUCAAACCGAGGCUGUUUCUUCAUCAGAACCAUUGUUACAGGUGGCCACUGGAAGCGGUGUAGAUACAGUUGUUUCAAGUAUAAAUGAUAUGAGUUUAUCAGAAAGCACAACGACAGCAACAUCUACAAUUCCUCCACCCACUGCCUUUACAGCAGCCCCUGAAGCUAAUCCAGCAUAUGCUACAGCCACAGCAACUGCUGCUACCACUGCUGCCAUGCCAGCUGCUACUACUGCUGUGCCCAGUAUACCACCACCUUCACCAUUCACUCCAACUUCUAUUCCCCCACCAGCUGAGCUGCCAGCAAGUGUCACUUCUCCAGUUGUUCCAGCUCCAACACCUUAUUCUCAGGCCCCUAUUGCCACCACGUCAUAUGCCCCAGUCCAAGUACCAGUUGAAACUCCCAUCCCAAAUCCCACAUCUAUUGCACCUCCUAUCCAAACUCCCAUACCGCCACCAAUGCAAGUCUCCACUGAGAUACCAAUGCAACCAAUGAACUUCCAGCCUUCAGCCAUGCCACAGCCAAGCCCCUUGAUGAUGGGUGGGGCCCCAACUGUCCCAGUCAUGGCUCCUCCGGUGAUAGGAGGGUCUGAAGGUGCCCCACCUAGUGUUGGCAUUACCACACCGAUGUCUCUGCCCCAGCCACCAGCACCCUCUCUGAAUAUGUACUUCUCAUCACCACCUAUGGUCACCCCACCAGUUCCUCCCACUUUUGCAGCACCAUCAAUGCCAUCAAUCCCAGGAAUGCCAGUGACUACCCCAAUUAAUCUUCCUGGGAUGCCCCCAAUCACAGUAAGUGCCACGUUGCCACCAGAGUCAUUCCAAGGAAUCCCCAGCAACCCACCUGCCACUUCUCAGCCACAACCAGUUCAGUAGAUUCUGUUAACCAACCCACUCUCUAGAGUAUAAGCAGUUAUUAAAGUGAAUUAUAUUGGAAAUUUAACCAUAAGUAUGUACGUAGGAAGGGAAUGCAUCAUUGUAAUAAUUUACAAAGAGAGAUAUGAAAAAUAUGUAUCCAUAACACUUCUGUCUCAGAUUCUAAAGCGGUAUGAAUACCUGUAGUUGUAUGCUCCAAGUUUCAAAUUGUUUACAGUGACUGUUACAUAUGUAAAAUCUUCAUAUCAGAAAUUCUUUUACACUGGAAAACUUGUAGCAAUCUUUAUUUACUUAUUUAACCCUUCACUGCUGGGUAACAGAAAUCCCUGAGUGUGAUAAACUCUGGUGAUUUAUGACAACGGUCAGACACACUGGGUGUGAGACUCUGCUACAUCAAGCUGAACAUCCCGCUCCACAUGCCCUGGCGCAUUGCUGCUCGUAUAGGCGUACCCUGCAGACCAAGUGGUUUGUUAUGUGCUGGUACAUGUGACCCGGCAGGGAUGGGUUAAGUGAGUAAAUGUUGGUGGAUUUGAAUAGGCUAAGAUCAAGUAAAACGAGAUCUCUUUGGGAUGUAUGGGAAUUUCCUUGCCAAAUGAAAUGAUAAGUUUCAUUAGAUAAAAUAUUCCAUAUUUUGUAUUAGUGAUAAUGUCUUACUUUGGAGAACCAUUUGUUAUUUAUAUAUCCUUUUUUUUUUUUUUUUUUUUUUUAACUUUAGAACUUUUUAUGUUGUGGUGGUCUGUUUUGAAAAUUGAGAACUGUUAGUAAUUCAUGAAGUCUUCAGCUUGUUUUUCAUCAAUAUGCUUGUUUUGUCUGUAUGUUUCAUGAGCAGUGACUGUUCAACACUAAGAUGUUACCAUAAAACUGAAGCUUGUAGACUUUCAUUUAUUACAGAACUUUGCAUAGUGUGGAAGAUUUAUGUUAAAUAUGCAAUUAAGUAAAUGUUUUUUGGAAUUCAGCUUGAUAAAAAGGGACAAUGUUUUAAAACAGGUUGUUUUGGUGCACAUUCUUCCAAAAAAGAUGCUCUGUGUGAUGUCAAGGCAUUAUGUGAGCAUUUAAAUCUUUACAGAGGGUAAUUGAUGAAUGGUGUAAAAAGUGCUACCUAACUUUGAGCUUAUUUUGAACAAAGAAAGAACAUGUUGGCCUUAGCCUCUGUGGCUAGCCUUUUUUAUGUUAGACCUUUCAAAAUUAAUUCUUAAUUUUAUAUUCAUUAACAUCUCAAAUAUUCUGAAUGUGAUAUCCUUCAAUAUUAAUGCCAGUAAUAAUGCUUGUUACUUUGUGGUGUAUGGCUCAAAAUUUUAUCACUUUCUUUUGUAAAUACUUGUAUAAAUGAACAUAUGAUUAUUGAGGUACUUGAACUUAGUUUUGACUUUAUAUCUGUGUGUAGUUCAGUAAACAUGCCUUAUCAAUCUCCUUUUUUCUUAUUAAUUCUGCAGUACCCAAGGAGUAAUUGAGAAAAUUUAUGAUGGUUACUUUUCAAAGGUGUCCUUGACUCUGUGAGAAUAAAUUUAUCUUCAUUAUAUGAAUAUACUAUGUAAGUAUUAUUAUUUUUUCCAUUUACAGUAAAUGGAAUUGGAAUGAAACCCAGGUUGUAGAAAAAAAAACUUCAAAAACAAAAUGGAGUUACCUUAAAGCUCCACUUAAACCUUUGAGGACAAGAGAUACAGUUUGUGAUUUAAUUUCUUUUGAUGAGAUAAAGGCUAAGGAAUGUAUCUAUAUGGAGAGCAAAUUUAUAAAGCUUCAGUAAAUUUCAGAUUUGUUAUAAUUGAUUGCUUGUAUAGGUAGGAUGAAAUACUAAUAUAACUGCAUAUUUCAUACUUUUCAAUUUAUGUGAUUGAUCUAAUUAUAUGAGAAAAAAUUCAGUUCCAUUCAUAUGCAAAUCCAUGGAGAGAGAAUGCUGUUACGAUUAAAACAGCAUGUAUUACAGUUCACUGACAUAGAUGGCAUCACAUCAGAUGUGUAAAAAAUUGUAAUAGGUGAUAUGUCAUGUUUAGUUUUAACACAAGGCAGCUUUCCUAUAAUACUUGAUAUCUUUUUGGAAAUGCACAGUUCAUGACAUAAACUGUUGAAAGUGCAGAGAAAUUACCUAGGAUUGAUUUUUCAACAUAAGUGUCAAGAUUUUAAAUAUAUACAAAAGACAUGCUUGUAAAGAUGCACGGUAUACAAAAUCUUCAUAUUCCAUGCAUGUUAUAGCAUGUGCACAAGCCUGAAUACAUCUACACAUUUCUGAAGUCUAUAAUUACUCUAUUUAGCAGUGUUUUCCCAGUGGCAUUAUAAAAAUUAAGUAUUACCUUUAUUAAACAAACUUAUCAUCCAAUUCAGAAUCUGAAGAAACUGGAUAUUUCCCAAAUUAUUGCUUUAAUAGUGUAUAUGAUUCUCAUCGCUGCCACAAACAUAUUAGAGUUUGAGUAUAAUUUUUAUAGAAAAAGUACACUUUCUUAAUAGAGCAGAAUUAGAAAAACUGUAGUUGCAGUGAACCACAUACUAGACAGACAUCAUAAGCAAGAAAGUGUGAUUAUAGCAGACUGCAUCUCCUCAAAGGGUUAAGGAUGAUAGUGAAUUUUCAGUGCUAUUCAGUUCAAUAACCAGUGAUGUUUUUAUAUGUUAACGUACUGACAAACACCAUAUUCUAUAACCUGUUAAAAAAAAUUAUUUUAAAUGUUCAUUUAUUUUCUCAUAUCUUCAAGUGCCUACUAGCAUGACUCUGUAAGGGUAUUUACAUUACCAUUGAGUGGUAAUAUGAUUUUUCUUAAUUUUCUGAAAUGUUUCUCCAUUUGUUAAUUGUUGUUCCCUGAUGCAUGAGAAAUAUUCUAAGAAAAACAAAGGAAUCCUGCAACUCAGAACUAUGUAGCACUAUUAUGAAAAAGGCAAUUUGAAAAAGUACUUAGGUUGAGCCUCCACCUGAAAGUUGUCCUUUUUUCACUAAUUUUCAUACAAAACCAUUAUAACAGAAGUUAAGGCAUACAACUCUGAUGUGGAAAAAUAGUUAUAAUCUCAAUUGCAUUAACAAAUGUCUUGUGGUUAUAGAAACUUGAAAAAGGGUCAGUAGAGGUAUUACUGCCUCUGCAUUUCUGGAUGACUUAUGGGAACUAUAUAUAAUUGUGGCUGGUAGCAUUAGUCCUCACAAAAUGCAACAUAAAAAUUACUGGUAUAUUUCAUCUUUCAGCAAAUAUUUAGUUUGGUGUUAGAUUAGGUGUUGUAUUUGAAAAUUUCAUGCCAAUUCUUGUUGAGCUUUUGAAGUUGCUGGUUAUAUAAACGUGUGUGUAUAUACCGAAAGUACAGUCCAGUGUCAUAUUUUGACGAGCUUUUAAUAUGUCUGUACCUCAAGCUAGAAAAAAAUAUUCAUAUAUUAUAGCACUCAAAUUUGAAAGUUGCACCAUUCCCUCUAGGAAAUUAAGGGUAAUUUGCCAUGAAUUCUGUUCAACUAAUAAACCAUUAUGAAUUAUAAUUAUGUUGGUGUUUUGUUACUGAUUUUAAAUUAUUUUGUGUAAAUUGAAAACUUUGUCUGGAAUCUUUUAUCUUCUGUAAAGGCCUGUCUGCACAGGCAGGUAUGAUGGGCAGACAUUAGCAGGCAAUUGCAAGGGUGACUUUACAGGUGAGAAAAUGAGGAAACUACUUGUUUACCAAGUAGUUUGUCCACAUGUGAUAUCACCUCUAUUUGUGAUUGCCAAGUGCCAGCUGAUUAUACCCACCUAUGUGUACAGGCCUUCAUAGUUUAACUCCACAAUCAAUUUCUUAUUUAUAUAUAGAUUAUACAGAAAUAAAAAUCUUGUUUAAUAUAUUGAAUAAUAUACACUGCAUUUCAAUUCCUCUGUGGUUCAAAAUGAAUUGGGGAUAGACUAAAAUUUGGUAUUCAUGUAGUGCCCUUGUCCUUUUUUGUAGCUUUUAUGUACAGCACAGAACUACACCUUAGUGAUUACUUAAUAGUGAAACUAAGGUUUGUGGUAUAGAAUUUUAUUAAUGAUAUAAUUUGAGGUUUGAUGCUUAGAAAUAGCUAUGCACAUCAUUUUCAUUAGAUUAAUUUAAAUAACUGAAGACUUAUUAUCUUAAUAUUUUACAUAUAGAAAGAGCUUUUGAGUGUCUGUCUAUAAUAUUUCCAUUUUUCAGAAGUGAGUUGAGCGAUAAAAGUUAACUCCAAAAUUCAAAUUAACUUGUAUAAAAAAUAGUUCCCAGUGAUUGGUUUGUUCCAAGAAGUAAAGCACACUAGAAUGUGUUAUGUUACCAAAAGUACUUUUCACAUUAUUAUAAUGUAAAUAAAGCAAUUAAAUUUAUUUAUAAUAUUA